AUGGAAGGUGUUGAAGAGCCCGACGAAGAUGUCGCAACAGAAGAUGCCGAACUCGCGCAAAACGAAGACGCCCAAGAAGAAGAACAACACGAAGACGAAGUUGCCGAAGCUCAGAACGCAGAACUCGCAGAAGAAGAAGGCGCCGAAGAGGAAGAAGAACUUCACGAAAAUGAAGUCGUCGUCGUCGCGUCGAAGGUAAUGAACCCGCUGAAGGAUUGCAGAAGCAGAGAUCGAAGAAUUGAGGAAAAUAAUGGUGAGCCAGAAAACGAGGAGGCCGAAGAAGACAUAUUGAUGAGAAAGAUUGAUCAAGAAGACGAAUCAAACGGUCUCCCUGAGAGCGAACAAGAGGGUCAAAUGGUACUCAGAAUCGAGCAAAAGUUCAGAAGCACUCAACAAGCGCUACAUAACUUUGAGGAAAUUCUGCGGCAAUUGAAGGAAGAAUAUGUUUCUCCUCCAAGGUGA